AAAUAAUAAUAACGUCUCAAUUUGAAUUGCCAUAUUCCUAGUUGUAUGUAAUUAGACCAAUCAUCAUCUUUAAAAAACCCUUAAAUGCACACAAAUACAUAAUUUUCUCCUAUUUUUUUGUGGACGCAGUCGCCGGAGCUUUGUUUCUUGCCCUUUUUGCUCUCCUGAUCUGUGCAUACCGUAAACUCUCGCAUUCUCCGCUUCUUCUCCUUCGACGCUUGAUUUAAUUCCUUUCUUUUUUAUUUACAUUUUUUUUGCAGUGACAGGUAAGGAUUGGAGAGAAGAAUUUUUGUGUAUGUACGCUUGAAGACGGUCUGCGGAGCUUUCUAGGUUGGUGGUGCGGAGCGGACCUGUGAUCUGAAUUUUAAGCAAUUUUUUUGUUUUGUUUUGUUUUAUGUACAAUUGAGACUGUCAAAGCCCGGGUCUGAGGCUCGGGAUUCGAAGUAUGGCGCCGGGAAACGAUCAGCAACAGAUUCGGAUCAAUGUGGAGUACAACUGCAGCGGAAACUAUUUGCAGAAAUUCAGGCUUUACGAGACUCGCUCGAACUUUUAUAUGAUUGGACGAGACAAACAUAAAACUUUCUGGAAGGUCUUGAAGAUAGACAGAUCAGAACAGUCUGAGCUAAACAUCACUGAAGACUCUACAACAUACUCAGAAAUUGAAUGCUACGACCUCGUGGAAAGAAUUCAUGAAGGAAACAAGUCUACAGGUGGACUGAAAUUUGUCACCACCUGCUAUGGGAUCAUUGGUUUCGUAAAAUUUUUGGGACCUUAUUACUUGCUGCUUAUCACAAAAAGAAGGAAGAUUGGAACAAUAUGUGGUCAGGCAGUAUAUGCAAUUGCCAAGAGCGAGAUGAUUCCCAUUCCCAGUUCUACAGUGCAAUCAAAUAUGGCUUAUUCUAAGAAUGAGAACAGAUACAAGAAGCUCCUACGCAGUGUGGAUCUUACAAAGGACUUCUUUUUCAGCUACUCCUACCAUUGUAUGCUUAGUCUUCAGAAAAAUCUAAGCAAUCAUGAAACAGGACUAGUCCUAUAUGAAACAAUGUUUGUUUGGAAUGAGUUUUUAACUCGCGGAAUUCGCAGUCAGCUCAAGAAUACAGUGUGGACAGUCGCUUUGAUUUAUGGAUUCUUCAAGCAGGUCAAACUUUCUAUAGAUGGGCGGGACUUCAACCUAACCCUUAUCGCGAGACGAUCCCGUCAUUAUGCCGGAACCAGAUAUUUGAAACGCGGUGUAAAUGAGAAGGGACGUGUAGCCAAUGAUGUUGAGACCGAACAAAUUGUGCUAGAGGAUGUUCCAGAAGGAAGCCCAAUACAAAUAUCAUCUGUUGUGCAGAAUCGGGGUUCAAUACCCCUCUUUUGGUCGCAGGAGACUUCACGAUUGAACAUUAAACCUGACAUCACAUUAUCACAGAAGGACUAUAAGUAUGAAGCCACCAAACUUCAUUUCGAGAACCUAGUAAAGAGAUAUGGAAAUCCUAUUAUUAUAUUGAAUUUGAUUAAGACUCGUGAGAAGAAGCCAAGAGAAUCUAUUCUACGUGCAGAAUUCGCUAAUGCCAUCAAGUUUAUUAAUAAAGAUCUUACAAGGGAGAACCGUCUGAAGUUUCUACACUGGGAUUUAAAUAAGUACUCCAAAAACAACGCAGCAAGUGUAUUGGCAUAUCUAGGCAAAGUCGCUGCUAAUGCAGUGGACUUAACUGGCUUCUUUUACUGUCAGAUAGUCCCAGCUUCAGGUAAAAAUUCUAACAGCGACUAUGCUGUUAAGGAGGACCUCUUCAAUAUGACUAAAGAUCUUCUAAACUUGGACACUGAAGUCACCGUUAGUCACAGUGGUGAUUUGGAUGGAGGUUAUAUUGUCAAGUCUCCAAUGUUUCAGAAAGGGGUCCUAAGAACUAACUGUAUUGACUGUUUAGACCGCACGAAUGUCGCACAAUAUGUUUUUGGGCUGGUUGCUCUUGGUCAUCAGUUGCAUGCUAUAGGGUAUACAGUUGUUCCAAACAUUAGCUUAGAAUCCCCGUUGGCGGAUGGUUUGAUGAAGAUUUAUGAAGCAAUGGGUGACACCCUUGCACUACAAUAUGGUGGAUCUGCAGCACACAAUAAGAUAUUCUCGGAGACAAGGGGGCAGUUGAAACUGGCGACGCAAUCCCAAGAGUUCUUGAGAACUCUUCAACGCUACUACAGUAAUGCUUACAUGGAUUCUGAAAAACAAGAUGCCAUAAACAUAUUCUUGGGUCAUUUCCAGCCACAACAGGGGAAACCGGCUCUCUGGGAACGGGAUUCUGACCAGCAUUACAAUGUGGGAAGGCGUGGUUCUGAUUUUGGAGAUGAAGAUUCUCGGUCAACAAUUAAAAGAUCCCUAUCAGAUGGAAACAUUCUGUGUGAUAACAGCUCACCUAUUGAUGAUUCAAGCAUUGAAGAGACUGAAAUUCCUCACACGUCAUUGCCUGGAAAGGCACAAGGUUCCAACAUGGGUCUUUCAGACUCAACUCCUGUAAUCUCAACUUGUGAAAGCAAUAGAUCUUAUUCCAGGUAUACCACCCCGAUGUCUCGUAGACAGCUUUUCACAGAUAUGCAAUCAGAAGAAUGCCUUGAAAUUGAUAGCAUCUGUUUCCAUGAACGCGGCGAUUCAUUCCACUGUUCAAAUUUUCUCGAUGUUGAAUGGCUUUCUUCAUCGGGAAAUUCAUGUGAAGAAGAGACAUAUGAAAGAUCUAUGCUUAUUGGCUCUCCAUUGGCUGGACUAUCUUCAGAUGAGCUUAAACUGGGAACAAGCUCUUCAGCUUACGGGUCUGGAUCAAGCAUCAAGGGGAAGGAACAGGUUGUUGAUGUCCACCAUGAUGCUGGUUCAUGUGGUUCUGACAUUUCUUCUGGAUUUUCUGAAAGAUUUGUGCAAUGGGUUAGCUAUAGAAACAUGUUUUUCCCUUGAGGUUGGGAAGAUUCCUGGAAAAUUUGUAUUCUUGCCAUUAUUCCAUUAAACUCGUCCAAAGGAUGUGGAUUACCUACCUGAAACAAAUGACAUAAGAUGUCAUAGGGGGUAAAGUUGAAGAACUUUGUUACAAGAUAGAUUUAUCCAAACCAAGGUACCCUCAAGUUGUAAAUUGCAGCAUUUAUUUACCGGUUAAACUAGAUCCUACAGUGGGAAAAAGUAUGGAAAGCAAAGCAUACAAGUAGGAAUAAAGUAUUCUUUUUGUAGCUCUUAGGUCAUUUCUUGAAGUUUUCAGUCUUGUAAAUAUUUCGUAGGUGUAGGUGUGACUAAAUUAAAUUUCUGUAAUAUAUUCGUCGUACAUUUCGUGGGAUUUUCUUUUCA